AUGUAUAUAUGUAUAAAUGAUUUGAAUCCAGCCGCGGAAGCCAAUGUAUAUUUUGGUGAUCCAGAUGCUGCAGAUUUUGUGUUCACAAGUGAAGCGGAUAUACUAACAUUAGGGAUAAAUGUUAUCCACCAAGUUGUAUUGACUGGUUCUGAUCUAGAAAAAUUGGCAAGUUCCAAUGGAAAAUUCGCUCAGUACUUGACCGAAACCCUCAAUCUGUAUUUCUCGUAUCAUCGUGAUGCCUACAACACCGACGGGGUUUACCUUCAUGACCCCACAACAUUUCUUGCAGCUGUUGAUCCUACUUUUGUGACCUGCAUGGAGGGUAGUGUUAGAGUUCAAACCGGUGGCAUUACACGGGGUCUUACAAUACUGUACAACAAACAGAAAAGUUUUAGUUAUGCUCUUACUAAGAACAGAAAUGCUAGUAAAGAUAAAGAAAGUUUACUAUUGGUGUAUCUUCGUUUUUGGGAGAUGGAGCCGUCGGAUAGCGAUUUUUUUGGAACAGAAUCCAUGAGGAGUUCCCAAGAGGAGACGAUCUAG